AUGCCAAGUCACAUUUCUGACCACUCUCCGGUUCUAUCGACAACAACCAUCAUGAAAAUUGCCAAAGAGCAAUUAAAACUUUAUACCUCACAGAAUCAUGAUGCUUAUUCCAUUAUUUUUAGUCCCUUGAUUGAGGAUUUGGGCCUUUCUCCUCAAGUUACAGAGGAAGUGGAGCUCGUUCUACUGCUUCUAGUUUCCGCUGAAAUGCUAGCCAAUCGACAAUUAGAUUGUGCAAGAAAGUUGUUGAACUUGUGCAUCAACUUUUCUCUUUCAGCAGGUAAUCCAGUUCAAAGAGCUGUCUAUUAUUUUGCUGAAUCUCUUCGGAAGAGGAUCGAUAAAGGGAUAGGAAUACCAACUAUAGCAUCAAACAUUGAUACAGUGAAUCCAAAUAUUAUGGAAGAGGUUCUCAUGGAUCCACGAACCGAUGUUAUUGAGACUGAACAAAUGCUUCCCUUCCGCAAAGUAACUCAAUUUACUGGAAUUCAAGCCAUCUUGGACAGUGUUAAAUCAUUCAAGAGGAUUCAUUUGAUUGAUCUUGGGAUUAAAACCGGAUCACAAUGGACAAUCCUAAUGCAAGCUCUGGUUGGUAAUGGUGAAUGUCCACCGGAACAUCUCAAGAUAACAGCGGUUGGAACCUCUUUGACUCGAAUGCAAGAGGUAGGGAACAGAUUGACAUCUUUUGCAGACACCUUACAUAUACCUUUUUCCUUCAAAACAGUUGUAUCUGACUUGAGACAUAUCAGGAAGGAUUUAUUUGAGUCAAAGGCUGGUGAAGUUGUGGCAAUCUAUUCUGACUCGCGUCUUUGGACCUUGUUAGCAUGGCCUAAUCACUUGGAAUCUCUUAUACAAGUUUGCAAAAGUUUGGAUCCAUGUGUAAUGGUGGUAACUGAAAUAGAGGCAAAUACUAAUACACCAAUUUUCAUCGAUCGUUUCAAUGAAGCAUUGUUUUACUACAGUGCUAUCUUUGAUAGUCUUGAAACUUGCAUAGGGUGGAACCAUCAGUACAGAGCAGUAGCUCAAGGAGUAUAUAUAGGAAGGAUUAUUGAAAAUGUAAUCACAUCCGAGGGAGAAGAGAUGGCUCAUCGCCAUGAGAAGCUUGGAUCUUGGAGGGCCUUAUUUGAAAGAUUUGGUAUAGAGGAAACAGAACUGAGUCACUCAUCCUUGUACCAAGCAAAGUUACUGGCAGAAAAGUCUACAUGCCAUGGUUUUUGCAGUUUGGAAAUGGAUGGGAAAUCCCUAAUUAUUAAGUGGAAGGGAACCCCAAUUAAGUCACUUUCUGCAUGGAAGUUCCACUAA